AGGGCUGAGACUUUGCAGAGCUGAAUAAGGGUUUUUGUAGGUGAGACAGUGUCUGGACUGAGAUUCUGCCCGUGUGUUUGCUCUGAAGGGGGGAAGAAUCAGAUUGCAGGAUGGCAGAAGGACCCUAAAGGAUCUGAAAAGAGGAGAGCAGAGGUUUGUGCGUGGAACUUGAGAAGCAGCGGCAAGUCUUUUGUCUUGAGGUCUCCCCGCACAGUUGGACCGGAUCUGACCAUGAAGAUGAGCAUGGAACGCAGGUUGAUCGGCCAAGCCAAAUUUCCAAUAUAGACUUCCUUUCUUGGACCUACACCUGAACUGAUUUGGCUGAUGGAUGAUAUGAAUGCAGAGGUGAUUCCCAGCAAGAUGUGGAAGUGCUGGCAUUCAGGGGAGAUCUAGACCUGGAUGAGCCAUCGAGCACCACAUCAAGAAGCUUUUGCAGUGAGAAACCAUGGAUUUGUUACACCGUAGCAUCCGACCCUUCCUAUGCGUUUGACUGGUUUGUAGCAUCCUCUGCCCCACCACAUCCCAUGUCAGAUCUUUCCCUGAAUUAUGGAAAUUUUGUGGAAGAUGCUGACUUGGACGUUGAGCCUGGUGGUAAUGGGAGCUUCGGAAUUGGAAAGCAUCAGCAGACUUUCACACAAAUCUCAAGAGGAGUUCCUGUCCUACCUGCAGCACUAUCAGUUGACUGUCCCGGUGCGGGUGGACGAGAACGGUGAGUUCCUGAGCUAUACCCUGAAGCACCACCGGCCGGGCCGACGGAGACGGGGUGCACCAGACUCUGUGACGGCGCCCACCCUGGAACAAGACCUACCCGACUCUCGCCUCUUCUACAGACUCUCGGCCUACGGAAAACACUUUUACUUGAACCUGACACUCAACCCGCACCUGGUGUCAAAACAUUUCACAGUGGAGUACUGGGGCAGAGAGGGGGUGGACUGGCGUCACAACAUGGUAGAUAACUGUCACUACGUUGGGUUUUUGCAAAAUCAGCUUGGCACAACCAGAGUGGCGCUUAGCAACUGCAGGGGCCUGCACGGUGUUAUAACAACAGAGGAAGAACAGUAUUUAAUAGAGCCAUUAAAGAACAUAUCCUCUACAACCAGCAGUGAGCGGAACCUGGACCAAGCACAGCCACAUGUUAUUUAUAAAAUGUCUGCCAUUCCCUCACCGCAAGAGCCUAGCCAGGAGUUCAGCUGUGGCAUUUCAGACCUCAUUAAAAACAGCGCCCCCUGCCAGAGUAUCUCAUCUUCCGUUGUCCCUAAAAAUGACAGCGAGCUGUCGAGCAGCACUCACAGGCAGAGGCGCUCUGUCAGCACUGAGCGUUUUGUGGAGACCCUCGUAGUGGCGGAUAAAAUGAUGGUCGGUUACCACGGACGCAAAGACAUUGAGCACUACAUCUUGUCUGUGAUGAAUAUUGUUGCCAAACUUUACCGUGAUGCCAGUCUAGGAAAUGUUGUGAACAUUAUCGUGACCCGGUUGAUCGUUCUGACUGAAGAUCAGCCUAAUCUGGAGAUUAAUCAUCAUGCAGACAAAUCUCUAGACAGUUUCUGUAAAUGGCAGAAGUCCAUCCUGUCUCAUCAUGGCAACAGUAUUCCAGAAAAUGGGAUGGCUCACCAUGACAACGCCGUUUUAAUCACCCGGUACGACAUCUGCACCUACAAGAACAAACCCUGCGGCACUCUAGGCUUGGCUUCAGUGGCUGGAAUGUGUGAGCCUGAGAGGAGUUGUAGCAUCAAUGAAGACAUCGGCCUUGGCUCUGCUUUCACCAUUGCACAUGAAAUUGGCCACAAUUUCGGGAUGAACCAUGAUGGCAUCGGCAAUUCCUGCGGCACCAAAGGCCACGAGAUGGCUAAACUGAUGGCCGCUCAUAUAACGGCUAACACCAACCCUUUCUCCUGGUCUGCCUGCAGCAAGGACUACAUCACCAGCUUCCUGGACUCAGGUCGAGGAACGUGUCUGGACAAUGAACCUCUGAAACAAGACUUCCUGUACCCAACAGUGGCCCCGGGGCAGGUGUACAAUGCAGACGAGCAGUGCCGCUUCCAGUACGGAGCCACUUCCCGCCAGUGCAAGUAUGGGGAAGUGUGUAGAGAGCUCUGGUGUCUUAGCAAAAGUAACCGCUGUGUUACCAACAGUAUCCCCGCUGCAGAAGGGACUCUGUGCCAGACCGGCAGCAUUGAGAAAGGGUGGUGCUACCAGGGGGAGUGUGUUGUGUUCGGUACCUGGCCUCGGAGCGUGGACGGGGGCUGGGGGCCCUGGUCACUGUGGGGGGAGUGCAGCAGGACCUGUGGGGGCGGUGUGUCCUCCUCCAUGAGGCACUGUGACAGCCCAGCUCCUUCUGGAGGAGGCAAGUACUGUCUGGGCGAGAGGAAGCGCUACAGGUCCUGUAACACUGACGCCUGUCCUGUAGGAUCUCGUGAUUUCAGAGAGAAGCAGUGUGGAGAUUUUGACAGCAUGCCUUUCCGAGGGAAGUAUUACAACUGGAAACCUUACACUGGUGGUGGUGUCAAGCCGUGUGCACUGAACUGCUUGGCAGAGGGCUACAACUUCUACACCGAGCGCUCGCCUGCAGUCAUAGACGGCACCCGAUGUCAAGCCGACUCUCUGGACAUUUGUAUCAAUGGAGAGUGUAAGCACGUGGGCUGCGAUAACAUCCUGGGCUCCAGUGCUAAAGAAGACCGAUGUCGUAUGUGUGGAGGAGACGGCAGCACGUGUGAGGUCACAGAGGGGCUGUUCAACGACUCCCUUCCCCGAGGAGGCUACAUGGAGGUGGUGCACAUCCCCAAAGGUUCGGUCCAUAUCGAGAUUAAAGAAGUCGCCUUGUCAAAGAAUUACAUCGCUCUGAAAUCUGAAGGGGACGAUUAUUACAUCAAUGGGGCGUGGACCAUUGACUGGCCCAGGAAGUUUGACAUUGCAGGGACAGUCUUCCACUACAAGAGACCCACUGAUGAACCGGAAUCUUUAGAGGCCCUGGGAGCGACCUCUGAAAACUUGGUUGUCACGGUUCUGCUUCAGGAAGAGAACCUGGGAAUACACUAUAAGUUCAACGUGCCCAUCCAGCGCACAGGAAGUGGGGACAACGAGGUGGGCUUCUCCUGGCACCACCUGCCCUGGUCAGAAUGCUCAGCCACCUGCGCAGGAGGCUCCCAAAGGCAGGAGGUGGUGUGUAAGCGGCUGGAUGACAACUCAGUGGUCCAGAACAGCUACUGCGACCCAGACAGCAAAGCUCCAGAGACCCAGAGAGACUGCAACACUGAGCCGUGUCUCCCCGAGUGGUUUAUUGGAGACUGGUCAGCAUGUGCACAGACGUGUGAUGGUGGAAUAAGAACCAGGACAGUUCUGUGUAUCAGGAAGAUUGGCCCUGCUGAGGAGGAGACACUGGAGGACAUCCACUGUCUGACCCAACGCCCUAUAGAACAAGAGUCUUGCAACAACCAGUCCUGUCCUCCAAAGUGGGUCACUCUUGAUUGGUCAGAGUGCACGCCUAAAUGUGGUCCUGGUUUUAAGCACCGCAUCGCCUUGUGUAAAAGCAGCGAUCUGACCAAGACCUUCCCUCCGGCCCACUGUCCAAGCCACAACAAACCUCUGGUCCGACUCCGCUGCAGUUUAGGACGCUGUCCUCCACCUCGUUGGAUCCCUGGUGAAUGGGGACAGUGUUCAGCGCAGUGCGGCCUGGGCCAGCAGAUGAGGGCGGUGCAGUGUCUGUCUUACACCGGACAGCCGUCAAACGAGUGUGCAGAGUCCCAGCAGCCAGCCACCAUGCAGCAGUGUGAGAGCAAGUGCGACGCCACACCCAUCUCCAAUGGCGACGAAUGCAAAGAUGUAAACAAAGUGGCGUACUGCCCGCUGGUGCUGAAGUUCAAGUUCUGCAGCCGUGCGUAUUUCAGACAGAUGUGCUGCAAAACCUGCCAGGGACACUGACCUUCAGAGCACACGAGUGACGCGCAGCGAGAGAGUGAUGGAGGGAGGCUGAGACGGCUCUGACGGCACGAGGAGACGUAAACACAGCAGAGAGAAAAAACAAAACCUCAGAGAGCCAGACGGGUUCAGGACAGAAGGAGCUCCCUGUUCAUCGUGGUGGAAUCCAAACCACUGCUCAGCACGCGGUGCUGACAUGAGCAUCGUUUAAAAUGUUCACUUCUGUGAAGUGGAACUCAGACGAUUGUUGCUGCUUUGCUUUGAGGUCACGGCCUUCCCAGGCUUCUGGUGCUAUCAAGUGGCUGCUGCCAUCAAACCUGUUCCACUGUGCUUAAAGAGGAGUUGGCACUGAACACUCUGAAGGUGCCACUCCAUCGGUAAAUGCCCGUCAUGUUAUCGCCUCCUUUGUACCCGUUUGUACCUCACACUGGGAGUAUUUCUUUGUUGACCAGUUAUGUUUUUUGUACUACCAGCAAACGGACACUCACCCUCUUGUUUGUCUCGUUGUGUAUAAAUGAAAGCCAUUACCCACGUGACAUUGCUGCUGGUGUUGGGGUUUUGAAAGGGAGCUGCCUAUGAAACGCCUCCAUCACGCACUUGUUAUGGAGCUCAGAGUCCUUGUGCGAGGAUCUCGUUGGAACUCUGAACAACUUCGCUAGUUUCUAUUUUGCUGCUGCUACGUUUUGUAGCCACCUUCAGUAUGACUGUAUCGGGCAGAUUUCAUCGCUUAGCAAACUCUCAAACGAGGCAGAGUGGAAAGGACAGUCAAAGCUAAAAAGCCUUUUUGAAAGCAUUUGGCUUCAUGACCCAUUUCCACAAAAAAUCCUGAAGAUGAACUCUGCUGGCUUUGGAAUACAAAGCCUCGGGAAGUGAAAUCAAUCAAACUGUUACUCAUUGCUGUGAAGUCGGAUGUUUGAAUGUCACAUUGCUUAAACCGGCGUCUAAAGUGCGAGAGAAAUGAAAGUCAUGGUGACUUGCUGCAUAUAUUUUAUAUUCAGUAUUAAUGUUGUUACACUGUUACUAAUUUUUUCAAAUGUAAAUUAUAUGCUAAUUUAUUGCAUUGUCUCACUUGUACAUUUAUUUCACUGCAUGCAAACUGAAAUUUAGCAUCGUGAGGGGUAAAUAGUGCAGUGAAUUA